AUGACUUGGACCCCGCCGAACCCCGCAUCCGUCGGUGCUCCCGCCUUGCGUGUGCCAGAGGAUAUCCACACCCACGCAAAGCCAGCCGAAUACAAGCCGGUCCACUUGCAUCUCGACUGGAACAUCGACUGGGAUGCCCGUACCAUCUCCGGUCGCGUGUCCCACAUCAUCGAGCUCAUCAAACCCGGACUCACUUCCAUCAUUCUCGAUGCGAGCUACCUCAAGAUCCAUUCCGUACACGUCGAGGGAAACAGCGUCGACUACAGCCUCGGCACGCAGCACGGCACCCUCGGCGCCCCUCUGGAAAUUCCGAUCCCUUCCUCCAUCAGCAACAAGGGCGACAAAGUCCACAUCGACAUCGAAUACACCACCACCGAGCGCUGCACCGCUUUGGGCUGGCUCACACGCGAGCAGACCGCUGGCAAAACCAACCCUUUCCUCUACUCGCAAUGCCAGGCCAUUCACUGCCGUUCGCUUGUCCCUUGCAUCGACUCCCCCUCCCACAAAAUCACCUACACAGCCACCGUCAACUCGCGCAUUCCCGUCCUCAUGUCUGCACUCAAGGACGAUGACAAGCCGGACUCACCAGGUACCUACCACUUCAAGCAACCUGUCGGCAUCCCUUCCUACCUCAUCGCCAUCGUCGGAGGCGAUCUCGAGUUCCGCAAGCUCGGCGAGCGCACCGGUAUCUGGGCCGAGCCACCCAACGCCGAUGCCGUCCAGUGGGAAUUUGAGGCCGAUGCAGAGCGCUUCCUUGAGCACGCAGAAAAGGUCAUCUCACCCUACUCAUGGACACGCUACGACUCGGUCGUGCUUCCCCCUUCCUUCCCCUACGGAGGUAUGGAGAACGCAAAUUUGACCACGCUGACCCCUUCGCUCGUUUGCGGCGACCGAAGCUUGACCGACGUCUUGCUUCACGAGCUGUGCCACUCCUGGUCUGGCAACCUCACCUCGUGCGCCAACUGGACCCACUUCUGGCUCAACGAGGGCUGGACAGUCUACCUCGAGCGUCUCCUGCUUCAGGAUGUUCACGGUCCCAAGGAUGGUCCUGCUCAUCGUGGUUUCUCUUACAUCAUUGGCUCCAAGGCCCUCAAGGAUGCCCUUGUGCAGUUCACGGAUACUCCUCGCUUCCAGCGUCUCAUCCCCGCCUUCAAGGGCGGAGAAGACCCUGACGAUGCGUUCAGCUCCAUUCCCUACGAGAAGGGCUCCAACUUCCUCCUCUACCUCGAGCGCACCGUCGGCGGCCUCGACAACUUCCUCCCUUACGCCAAGAGCUACUUCCAUGCCUUCUACAACCGGUCCGUCACCACGCAAGAGUGGCGCGAGCACCUCUUCAAGUUCUUCGAGACCAACGCAGAGGCCACCGCUGCACUUCACAAGGUCGACUGGGAUGCCUGGUUCCACGGCGAAGGCCUCGAGCUACCGGUCGAGAUGGAAUAUGACACCACGUUGGCCGAACAGGCUUUCUCGCUCGCUGGCCGCUGGAUCCAGGUGAUCGACGGUCACACGACGCUCGAGAGCGCCAAGUUUGGUCCCACCGAUAUCAAGGGCUGGAACGCUAACCAGGUGGUCGUCUUCCUCGAGCGCCUUCACUCUGGCCCCAAGGUUCCGCUGGCCAUCACGCAGAAGCUGGACGAGGUUUACGAGUUCAGCAAGGCGAGCAACGGUGAAGUGCUGCUCCGCUUCUUCGAGGUCGCGCUCGAGGUCAAGGGCGGCAAAUACGCGCAGCAGGCCGCUGAGUGGGUCAAGGGUCAGGGCAGGAUGAAGUUCUGUAGGACCGUCUACCGAGCUUUGAACAAGGUCGAGCCCGAGCUGGCGAAGAAGACGUUCCUCGACAACAAAAGUUUCUACCAUCCCAUUGCCGCGGCACAGAUCGAAAAGGAUCUUGCGUUGACCGAUUCCAAAUCUUUGGCACCCGCACCCGGGGUGAUCACCAUCUUUGGCAGCACGGGAACGGGCAAGACCAAGCUUUCGGUUGAACUGUCGCUCGCCAUCGCGUCGGAUCCGGCCCGAUUCGGCGAUUGCAAGGGAGCAGAAGUUAUCUCUUGUGAUAGCAUGCAGAUCUACCGUGGACUGGAUAUCAUUACGAACAAGGCGACGGUGGAGGAGAUGAAGGGGGUUCGGCAUCAUUUGAUCGGAUUUGUCGAUCCGCAGAAGGAACCGGAGGGGGGCAGUUAUGAUGUGACGAGGUUUGUGAGUGAUACGAAUGCGAUCGUGGAGGAGUUGAGCGGCAGGGGAAAGGUGGGCGUUGUGUGUGGGGGGACGAGUUAUUAUUUGCAGCAUUUGAUGUUUCCGGGAAGACUGAUUGCGGGCAAGGCGGAGGUUGAGGGUGAGGUGGAUUUGACGGAGGAUCUGGCGUAUCAGGGAUUGGACGAGGAACAGAAGGAUCUGUUGGAUCAGGUCGAGGCGCGGAACAGUGGCAAACUUGAUUUGGCAGCUAGGGCAGCGGUGGAUCCGACGUUGUCGACGAAACUCUGGCAAAUCCUCGACCGGCUGGAUCCGAGCAUGGCGGCUAGAUGGCAUCAUCGUGAUGCACGAAAGAUUGCCAAUUCGCUACGAGUCUACAAGGAGACUGGUCGACCACACUCCUACUGGAUUGCUCAACAAGAUUCCCGUUCAUCCUCCUCCACCGCCGCUACUUCUUCUGCACCUAUCGAAGCAACCGGAGUCAGCACCCAACGCAAGCUCCUCUUCUGGCUAUGGUGUGAUCCGCCCACCCUCCGUCAACGCCUUGACUCACGGGUGGACGACAUGGUCCGCCGCGGUCUCGAAUCCGAGGUCGUCGAAAUGCGAUCCAUCGCACGCAACAUACUCAACGAUGUGGUCAACUAUCAAUCUGGCAUCUUCCAGACCAUAGGAUAUCGACAAUUUGCCGACUACAUUGAUCGACUCUCCUCGCUCACUUCCUCCUCUUGUCGACAAAAGGCAUUCGAUAAAGCUGUGGAAGAUACCAAGACGUCGACUCGGCAGUAUGCGAAGUCCCAGAUGAAGUGGGUGCAGAACAAGCUGAUCCCUGAAGUGCGGCGCGCACAAGCUGCUGUUGGGGAAGGCGGCGAGGUGGAACUGUAUCUCUUGGAUGCGACGGAUGUUGACCAGUGGGACGGAAAGGUUCUCGCUCCAGCAUUGGAUAUUGCAAGUCGCUUCUUGACGGGAAAGGACCUGCCGAAUCCGGAAACGAUCUCGAAUCCGGUUGCUGCGAAAGAGUAUCUCUUCGGAGGAAGAAGCGCCAACCAAGCACUGACGAAACUCGGUCCAGCAAACCCGGACAAGGGCGAAGGUGAACGGACGAUCGAAGCCAACAAGCUCUACACUUGUCAGGUGUGUACGUUCGACCCUUCCCACCCUGUCCGCGUCAGAGAAGUCGAUCAAGAAACCCACACAAAGGGUCGACACCAUCGAAACAACGUCAAGCGCAGGACAUCAAACGCAGACAAGGAAGCAGCCAUUAGGGAAAAGAUUGAAAAGGGAGAACGAGUCAGAGCCGCAAGACUGGCGUUGAAGGAAGAAGAGGCUGCGAAAAAGGCGCUGUCAAAGCAGGCGAACAAUGAACAGCGGCAGGAAGAGGAAGAGGUGUGA